UGCUGAUGGUUUGCUUCACCCGUUAUGAUGCCUACUGACAUGCCAGCUGCACUUUACUGUUAGAGUACAGUAUAAGAUGCUGCUAUUCAUCUUGAAAACUCAAAGGAAGCAAUGCAAAAAGUGUUUUUAUCAUUUUUUUUGAGCGCAAGAGAAACAAAAGGUAAAAGCAAUCCUAAAGAAAAAUUAUCAUCUGUAAAUUUUUCUGUCUCAUUGAAACUGACAAGUUUGUUUCGGAGUCGCGUGAGAACUUACACGUCAAAGUGUAUUCUCGGCAGCAGCAUGACCUCUGAACCUCAUAAUACAACCACAGACCCUUCGUGGACUAUUGGACCUUCUCCGCAACCGAAACUGGAGAUGAGCGAAACUCUACAUAUGCAAAGGAACAGUGUGCGGUUCGGCAGGUCCCGUAGCGCGACUGCGGACGGUAAUAGUCGCAAUGAGUACCCGACAAUCCAGACAGUAAUCACUCAGAACCGGGCAUCUCACUUACAUCACCGCAUGUCCGUGUACAGCACCACCCGUCCCAUACUCACUAGAUCCUUCUUUCAGGGACGUAUAUAUAAUUUUUUGGAGAGACCAUCGGGUUGGAAAUGCUUUGUGUAUCAUUUCACUGUAUUCCUCAUGGUGCUUUCUUGCCUGAUCCUCAGUGUGCUGUCUACCAUUGAUGAGUAUCAAACACUGGCUAAUAAAACACUAUUCUGGGUGGAAUUAGUGCUGGUAGUGUUCUUUGGUGUGGAGUAUGUGGUGCGCCUGUGGUCAGCAGGAUGCAGAAGUAAAUAUGUAGGAAUUCUGGGAAGGCUUCGCUUUGCCCGAAAACCCAUCUCUGUUAUUGACCUGAUUGUGGUAGUGGCCUCCAUUAUUGUAUUGGCAUUUGGCUCUAAAGGUCAGGUUUUUGCCACCUCUGCUGUCAGAGGAGUCCGCUUCCUUCAGAUCCUACGGAUGCUGCAUGUGGAUCGACAGGGAGGAACCUGGCGGCUGCUUGGAUCAGUUGUCUUCAUACAUCGGCAGGAACUGAUCACAACUCUUUAUAUCGGAUUCCUGGGGCUCAUCUUCUCAUCCUACUUUGUGUAUUUGGCAGAGAAGGAUGCGGUAGAUGAUCAUGGUAUCACGGAGUUCGGCAGCUAUGCUGAUGCUCUGUGGUGGGGUGUGGUGACAGUAACGACUAUUGGCUAUGGAGACAAGGUCCCUCAGACCUGGAUUGGGAAGACUAUCGCUUCAUGUUUCUCUAUAUUUGCCAUCUCGUUUUUUGCCCUCCCUGCUGGAAUACUCGGCUCUGGUUUUGCUCUGAAGGUACAGCAGAAACAGAGACAAAAACACUUCAACAGGCAAAUCCCUGCAGCCGCAUGUCUGAUACAGGCCUCCUGGAGGUGCUUUGCCCUAGAGAAUGAUGAUUCUGCCACAUACAAGUUAUUUGUGAAGAGGAAAUAUGUGGCAUCCAGCACCACAGUGCCCAGCCCUAAAUUAAAGGUAAAGAUGAGGAAGAAGAUGAAGAGUAAUGAGAGGGAUAAUGGUCCCAGUCCACCUACCAUACCUACCAUAACCUAUGAUUCUUUUGAUGAUGCAAAGGAUGCCAGUCAAGAUACAGUGAGCAGCAUUCAACAGUCAGGGGAAAACGCACUUAGAAGAAGUGAGCAGGAACAAUCAUGGAAUUCUCUAUCCUCCUUCCAGUUCUCUCCACUUCCAGGAAAAAAGUACCCUGGGUUUUUGGAGGUGCAGUCUCGGCCAACACUCCAGAGGAGCAGCAGUUUUGCAGAUGAUGUAGAGACUGAGGCAGAGAGAGAUAGUUCACUCGUUCCAGUCACUCAUGUGUCUCAGUUGCGGGAUUCCCACAGAGCAGCCAUUCGUGUGAUCCAGAGAAUGCACUACUUCGUGGCAAAAAAAAAGUUCCUGCAAGCACGUAAGCCGUACGAUGUGAGAGACGUAAUUGAGCAGUAUUCUCAGGGUAACCUCAACCUCAUGGUGCGCAUCAAGGAGCUGCAGAGAAGACUGGAUCAGUCCUUAGGGAAGCUGUCUCUAUUCCAGACAAGUUCAGAGCGCCUGAAAGACAAAGGCACUAACACUAUUGGCUCCAGACUCAACAGGAUGGAGGAGAAGACCGUACAAUAUUUCUAACAUUGGAGCAAUUCACGCUUGAAGUUCCACCAAUUUUCAGCAAUGGGCAGUAAGGGAAACUCAAGGUGAAGUGUACAGGCAACAGGCAGCUGGACUGAGACCAUACCACACUCAGACUUGCUUGACACCAGCAACAGCACAAGAUGAGAACGUGUUCUUGCAUUCCAUCACAGCUGGAGCGCAAUUCCGAAUGCAGGGAUCUCGAGAUUUAUUAUUCUAAGUUUUAAACUUUUUACUUUUAAGUUUUAAAACUAGAGAUGCUCCAAAAAUGUCCAUCUGAAGCAGGUGUACAUUGUUGCAUCCUUAGAAAAGCCCCUAUAAUAAAUCUAUCUCAGAUGGAUUGACGAAUUCAAUUGCAAAAAUGGAUUGCUGUGGACUGUAGGCCAAUGAUAGUCUUAUGUUCAAUAAUGUGGAAAUAAACAAUGUAUUGCCACGUUUUAUAUUGUCUAUUCAAUGAUUUACUCACCUGCCACAAUAUGCAUUUGAAUUAUCUGUAUUAUUAUAUUUAUUAUUUAAUAUUGUGAUUUAAUUGUGAUUAAUUGUAUUAAUUAACUGACAUCAUGUAAUUAAUUUGAUUAAAAUUUUAAUGGAGUGACAGCACUAGUUACAAUUUUCAAGUGCUGCAAAAAACUUGCAGCUUUGAUGCAGCAGAACUAGAUCUAAGUGGAAUGCUGUAAUUGACAUUUUGCACACUGGCGUAGAAUUGGGGGAGACGGGGGCACACAUCAAUAGACAAUUGUUAUGUGAUAUGCAUUUUUUGCAUCAAUGCUCUUGUAUAAUAAGCAAAUGCGCAAAUAAUUGUAAAACCAUUUAACCGCUAUUUUUUUCUCAGACGGUAAUCUAACCGUCAAAAACUCACACCACGGCAUCCCUACACUGAAUAUACUUUAUUUAUUUAUCUUAUUUAUCUUGUCCGCCGGGCCCACAUUUGGUCCCCCUCAAUGUUCAAACCAAAUCUAUGCCAUUGACUUUAUACAGUUAUUUAUUUGCGGAAGCCGUAAUUGUAAUCACAGUUAUUUUUUCUAUGAAUUGUGAUGCCUUAGUUUGAAAUUAUUUUAUUAAAAUAAGUAGAAUGUAAAAAAGUAGAAGACUGUAGGCUAGAACCGUAUUUGAUGUCAUUGAUCUCAUUUUUUUGUACCGUGCAUUUUUCUGUGGCAAUAGUACUUGAUGUACUGAGAAGUGCAAAACCUGUAGGAAGCACAGUGUUUGACUUUGUCUGUAUAGAACUGUUUGAAAAUGUGCCAUUUGUUGUAGAUCCUGUGUGGACAGCAUUCAGUGAUGACAGGAUGCCCUGCCCCUUACAGUGUCAUUCUUCUUCCCAUAAUUUUGUGGUAAACAGGAAGCAGGCAGUGUCUGGCAUAAACAGGAACAAAUAGCUCUUAUACAAACACCCGCCUAAGCAACUCACCAGUGUACUGUUAGCACUUCCACUUAAACUUUAACUGUGCUUUUUGUUUUCUGAUUAAGAAUUUUGAUUGAUUCAAAAAAAUAAAAAUAAUAUACAUUUAUACAACACGUUUACUCAGACAAACAUGAACAUUAUUUAUAGCUCUUUAUAGUUUUAGUUUUGAUAGAUAAUCAUUUUAUGGGUUGUAAGGAAAAAACUGUAAAUUUGUCUUUUACAUGAUUUUGUAGUAUGGAUGUAACAUGCUAGUUAAUAACCCUCUGUUCUUUGUCACAUCAAACUGCUUUAAGUUUUCACACAAGCCCCCCCCCCCCCCACAUAUUUGUUCAUAUUUGCAUGCAUGUCUACAUGAUGAGUAACCAGGGGUAGAUUUCAGGGGGGAUGGGGGGAAGGUAACCCCUCCAAUAAUCAAAACAAGCAAGUACAACCCCCCAACAUGUAUAUCAUGAUAAAUGUAAACAUGUAAAUGCUUCACGCUGCAACCCCCCAAUUUUCAAGACAAAUCUACGCCGUUGGGAGUGACUAUAUGUUUACAUGAUCAAAUCUGUGUGUUUGUGCAUGUGUACAUGUGUUUGUAUGUGACUGUGGCAGCACUAUCAUUGUGUAAACUGUGGUCCAACAUGGAGACACUCGUCUGGUUAUUUCUAAUGGGGUGUAGACAGCCCUGGCUCCACACAUCACUUAGCUUAAAUGACAUUUGCCUCCCCAACUGUAUAAUGAAGAAUUGCAAGAAUGUGUCUGAUAGUUUUCUUACCCUCAAACAUGAAUCCUUUGAAAUAUUCAAAAACAACAAUCCAUGCAUACAGUCUUCAGGCACAUAGACAAUUGCUCUGCCUUGACUUAAAAUAGUUAAUAUAUGGACUAAAUACUUAAAACUAUUUAAUGAACAGUUAGUGGAGUCCCGAGAAGAUGGUUUUGCACUCAACAACAUGAUAUCACCCUUCAGUUUCAACAAAUAAGUGUGGCCUGAUUGUUUUAAAUCUUCUUAGGCUAUUCAUCAUCACCUUUUUGAUCAAGCCAAUGUUUCAUGUUUCCUAAUCCUAUUCACAAUAUAUAAAAGAACUGAUGUAUUGCCUUUGCAAGUCAAUUUACAGAUGGGCCAUUUUAUCAGCCAUUGUUUUAUGUUUCGUAUUGGCAGAUUGUCUCAAGUUUAUGAUGUUUAUUUACACAGGCACUGUAACAACGUUAUUUUAGACAAUGUUGUGAAAGAUGUGCUGAGGCCACACACUCGU